CUGCUAUCGAUGAUUUCAUUUUAGUCCAGUCAGGAGUUUUCCCGCCCUCAUCUCCCGAGCUAAGAGCUUCCUUCUCUUCCUUCACUCACGUACCGCGUUGCAUCGUCGAUGAUUUGAUUCUUUUGUUCGGCGCAUCGUUGGUGCUACGAAAUAUCUGAAUUAUCACGCAUACAGAAUCCAACAGGAUGGCCACGCAUCACAGAGACGGGGUCAAUCCGCUGCGACCAUAUUACAUUCCCCCGUCCAUCGGAGACCGUCCCGGCCAUGUUUCCGAACCGACAAGCAAUAUUUUCGGUAGCCAGGCGCCUCGUGCCGGUGCAGGCAGCAGCUCUGUUAUCAAGUAUGGCGGCGGCAAGUCUCGCGAUCUGCUAAGCGACCUGGACUACAAGAGCUACAUCGGCGACGACGUGCCCACCAUCAGCCAGAGUGCGCGCGAUCUCAUUAACAACCUGGUUUGGAAGUACACGUCGGUCAUCAUGGCCCAGCCUUUCGAGGUGGCCAAGAUGAUCCUCCAAGUUCGAGAUCAGGACCCAACAGCCGGCCUCGGCGGCGUGGACGACGACCCUUUCAAGUCGCAGCUUGCGAAGCAUGGGCUGGCCAUUCGCGAUAAUGAUGGCUCCGACUCAGAAGGCGAAGAGUCGGCUUUCUUCACAUACAACGGACCCGAUACGCCGACAUCAACCUACAAUGCACGAACCUUGACGAACCGAAGAGCCCCCAUGUCGCCACCCAUGCUAUCGCCGCGCCUCCCCAAGAAACCCCAAGUGUCCGAGCACAUUCUGCAGUUAAAGCGACCAGACUCUGUCCUCGAAGUCAUCAGCCAGCUCUGGCAGCGAGACGGCGCAUGGGGUGUAUGGAAAGGCUCCAACGCCACAUUCCUCUACACUGUCCUACAGUCACUGCUGGAGAACUGGUCGCGAAGCUUCUUCAGCGCCGUCUUCAACGUGCCCGAUCUUGGCGUAAAGGACGAUAUCGACCGCUUAAUCGAUAUUGCCACUCCGUACCCAUGGGCCUCGCUUUUUGUGGCAGCAUCUGCUGCCGUCAUCACCGGCUUGGCCCUCGCCCCUCUGGAUCUGGUGCGCACAAGACUCAUCAUGACCCCGACUAGCAAGGGUCAGCGCCGCACUCUAGCUACACUAAGAGCAUUGCCUUCCUACGUCUGCCACUCGGUUUUGGCCCUCCCAACGGUUCUGCACUCUCUAGUGAACCCUGUUUUGACACUAUCGAUACCCCUCAUGCUCCGCACGCAGUUCCGACUGGAUAGCCAAUCCUCGCCUCUUACGCAUUCCAUCACCAAGUUUGUGACUUCGUCGGCUGCCAUUCUGAUUAAGCUGCCACUUGAGACUGUCUUGCGCCGCGGACAGAUGUCGGUGCUAGCCCUCCCCGAGUACGUCUGGGCUUUAGGUGGGAAGGAGCCCAAGUUGGACACCAUUGUUCCCAUUGGACAAUACAAGGGUGUCUUUGGCACCAUGUACCACAUCUCAUCCGUCGAGGGAACAAGCACAGUUGCUCAGCGCCCUGCUUCGCGCAAGGGCAAGACCAAGGUUCGCUCGGUGCUCCCAAUUGAGCGCCGUGGGCAAGGCCUGGAAGGCCUCUGGAGAGGCUGGAAGGUCAACUGGUGGGGUCUUGUUGGCCUCUGGACCGCCAGCGCCGUGGGAAGUGGCGGCGAUGGCGAGUUCUAGACGCAUGUAACGUCUAUGACCAUCUACAGUCGUACGUCUCCAAUAGGGGGUAUAUGGCUGGAGAUGCUGUAUCUUAUCUUUUGUAACCAAUGUGGCGAGGCGUUGCUGGAUCAUUCUCAGUUCGAGAUCUCUACUCUUUGAUUUUUUCACCUUUUUACGAUGGGCAUGAUAUCUACCAUACUCUUUUUAUAUCUCUAUUCACCUAUUCAUAGUACUUCUUCAUGAGUCUACAGAUACUAUAUAUCAUAUUCUUCACACCGAACGUUUUCUAUUUUAAGUGGUACCUCAUGUUUUCGCCAGCAUUAAAUCGUCAUAGGCGGCUUGCUAGUAUCGAUUUUCUUGAUCACUCGGCAAGGAUUGCCGACUGCCACACACUCUUCCGGAAUAUCUUUCGUGACAACACUACCUGCGCCAAUGGUAGUACCGCGUCCAAUAGUGAUGCCCGGAAGGAUAAUCACAUUGCCUCCAAUCCAGCAGUCCUCACCAAUAGUGAUCUUGCCGCCAAAUUCAGGUCCGCUAAUACCAUUUCUCACCCUGUAAUCUACAGGAUGUCCUCCCGAGUAGAGCGAUACUCCAGGGCCAAACAUGACGCGGUCGCCAAUGGUGAUCGUACAGGUAUCGAUCCAUGUGCUGUUGGCGUUGAUGAAGACAUUCUUGCCCAGC